AUGAUACCUCUUUUCUCCCAAAUGAUCCGACCAACUAAAAUCAUCAAAAUUUUCACAACCUUCCGUCCUCGCCAUAUCCACCUUCAGACUUUUACAACCGCCGCCGCCAGCGUUUCUACGGCCGCCGCCGCCAGCCAUCCAUCCCUUGCCCAACCCAUAACACCGGUGAAUCAAGCCCACCUCCUCAGAGUCUGCACAAUCCUCUAUCAACAGCAAAACUCCCCCGAGCCGAAACUCCACAAUAGCCUCACAAAAACCCCUUUCAAUCUCACCCACGAGUUUUUCCUCCGAGUCUGCAACAAUUUUCAGUAUUCAUGGCGACCCAUUUACAGAUUCCAUCUAUUCUCCGUUACACAACCCCAUUUCACCCACACCUCCACCACCUUCAACAAGAUGCUUGAUGUGGUAGGUAAAUCAAGAAACAUUGAUCUUUUCUGGGACUUAUGUCAAGAAAUUGGAAAACUCCAUUUGCUUAAUAUUAAGACAUAUAUUAUUGCAUUAAGAACGCUGGCUGCUGCUAGAGAGUUGAAGAAAUGUGUUGAAUUCUUCCAUUUAAUGAAUGGGUUUGGGUAUGAGUAUAGAGUUGAGGUUUUGAAUAAGGUAGUGGAGUUUUUGUGUAAAAACAAGCUUGUUGUGGAGGCCAAGCAUGUAGUUGUGAAGUUGAAAGAUUGUGUUAAACCUGAUGGAGAGACUUAUAGGUGGUUAAUAUAUGGGUUUUGUGAUGUAGGGGACUUGAUUGAGGCCUCUAAGGUGUGGAAUUUGAUGGUGGAUGAAGGGUUCGAACCGGGUAUUAAUGCGGUCGACGCCAUCUUAGAGGGUCUUUUCAAGAAUAACAGAUUUGAUGAGGGGUUGAAGCUUUUUCAGUCAAUGAGAGUGAAGAGGAUGGAAAAUUUAGGGCUAUCAACAUAUCGGGUUGUGAUCAAUUGGUUGUGUAAAAAAGGUAAGCUUGGGGAGGCUCAUAUGAUGUUCGACGAAAUGCAAAUGAGAGGUAUCAACGCCGACAAUGAAACAUUGGGGUCGAUAAUUUAUGGACUUAUGAGCAAAGGAAGAGUUAGGGAGGCUUAUAACAUUGUGGAAAGGAUUGAAAAGCCUGAUAUAAAUGUAUAUCAUGGGAUGAUCAAGGGACUUCUAAGGUUGAAAAGGCGUAGGGAAGCAACACAAUUGUUUAGGGAGAUGAUAAAACGAGGGUGCGAGCCGACAAUGCAUACAUAUAUAAUGUUGUUGCAGGGCCAUUUGGGAAGGAGAGGGAGGAAAGGGGAGGAUCCAUUGGUUAAUUUUGACACCAUUUUUGUUGGAGGUUUGAUUAAGGCAGGGAAGUCAUUGGAAGCAACAAAAUAUGUGGAGAGAGUGAUGGAUAGAGGACUUGAGGUGCCAAGAUUUGAUUACAAUAGGUUUUUACAUUAUUUUUCGAAUGAGGAAGGCGCGAUUAUGUUUGAAGUGAUGGCUGAGAAAUUGAGAGAGGUCGGUUUGUUUGAUUUAGCAGAUAUAUUCGCAAGGUAUGGGGAGAAAAUGGCAACUAGAGAACGGAGGAGAAACAGAACUCUCGAGCCACAAGAGUUUGUACAAACUUGA